AUGUUCCCCCACGUUAUUGUCGCCCUGACAUGCAUCUCCAUUCUAUUUAUGCUCAUCUCUCUGGGAAUACCAAACUGGCCGUGCGGUACCAUUUUCGGCAAUUGUUCUGGCGAACUAGCAAUUUUUCAAAAUGACAUGCGUUCUGUCGGCGCCCUCUUAUGCAUUUCUGUCAUCCUGAUGUUUGUGACCCUAGGCUUUGCUGUGGCCGUCUUGUGGAUGAAGCAGUAUUGGGUGUCCCCUGCAGGUUUCGCCAUCGGAAUUGCAGCCUCGAUUUUUGCCAUCGCGGGUGAAUUCACUUAUUAUAGUCGCGUACGAGCUGAUUGGAGUGCAUUUCUGGCCGCCAUUUCAAUGACCAUUAUCAUCCAGAUCACUGUUUUGCUGGGAACAAACUUCGUAAAGUCUCUGAAGGAGUCCAGUUAA